UGAAUAGAACUCGGAGUGUAAUUUUUUGGAGUAUAACAAUUUGUUUAAUUGCUUUGUUCGUACAAACCCACAUUCUUUGUUUCUAGAAGUUGAUUCUCGUUUUCUAAGAAAAUGAUGUCGUCCUUCAAGAUUUCUUUGUAAUAUCAAGUAUUGAAUUUCUCUAUCUUUCUCCAAUAUAUAACUCCAAUACUUAUUAUAAUCCAAUAUUCUCGACUUCCUUUGUUUUAACAAAAAUGGAACAUUUACAAUUAUUACUCGCUGCAUUUUUUAUUACAAACCAUCAGUUUGUUAUGUCAACUUACUCAAAAAUUGAUAAUGGCAUUGAGAAUCUCAAAAGUCAACUCAGCGGCGAAGAGUUCAAAAUAAAGGCAGGCAAACAGUUCAAGUUCAGCUGUGUGGCCAAGUGCGACCCUAAGUGUGACAUCAAAUGGUACAAAGAGGGCGAGGAGGUCAUCUCGGGUCAAACAAUGACUCACAAGCACUUCGUCAGCAGCAGCUCCUAUCUAAAUGAUAUCUCAAGUUUCCUGUUCGUGAACAACUUGAACAAAUCAGAUGCUGGUCAGUACAAUUGCAAAGCGAUCAACAUGAUCAACGGGGGAAAAGAAGGGCGCUUUCUACCCGAACCAAUUACUCUCAUAGUUCUAGCUCCGCCGGUUUUCACUCUACAACCAGCGAGCAUGCAGAUCAGCAGAAAUAAAGAGUUCACACUGUCGUGUAAUGCUUCCGGACCCCCUGACCCCGUGACUGUCUCGUGGUUUCAGAAUGGCAGAGAGGUCAAGUCAGUCGAGCCCCAUCAGUGUGCAAAAAACAGCGUAGCUCAGCUGAGAGUUCAAGAAGGAAUAACCGAAACUACUAAUUACUCCUGCGUGGCUAGCAACUCUUUCGGCCAAACGACCACUUCAGCUGUUGCAGUUGUGCAGGCACUGACGGUCCCCGGAGCGCCUUCGAUCGAAGUGUCAGAGGUGGAAUCGACUAGUGCUAUGUUGAGAUGGUCAUACGGGUUUGAUGGGUACUCGCCGAUAUCUUCUGUUAUUAUUCAGUACGGGGAGGUUGCUCAUCCGGACGACAUGAUCACAUUUGUUGUUCACAACACUAGCAAGACUAACGUUAAGCUCUACCCCCUGAAGCCCUUCCACGACUAUUUCGUCAAAGUGAAGAGUGUCAACUUAAUUGGCGAUAGUAAUUGGUCAAAGCUGACGAGAUUCACUUCUGCUCAAGACGUUCCCGGUCCCCCCACUGCAGUGCAGACCUCCGUUGACGAUGUCUCUGGCAGAUCGGUGCUAAUUUGGGAGCCCCCCAAGAGACCAAAUGGAGAAAUCACGGGAUACAUCAUCGAGAUCAGAGAACCCAAGACUCAACCGCAGCAACAUAUAAGAGACGCGGGUUCUAGGCAGUUCUAUCUAGACGAUAUUACUUGCAAGGAUUAUACUCUGAGAGUGAUGGCACAGUCAAAAAGGGGAACAAGCGAGGGAGCGCCAAACCCUCCUUUGAGAAUAGUCGACGGGAUGUUGUAUAUACCAUUAGGUCUACAGACCUUCAAAGACCAUCUGAAGGACAUUCUGAGAGCGAAACCAGAGGUCAUCCUAAUAAUCGCCCUCUGCUGUCUUCUGCUGUCGGCCAUUAGUGCCCUGCUGGUGUGUUGUUGUCGGUCCAAAGGCAAACAGAACGUUAAACAAAACAGGAUUCCGCCCCAUGACUUGAGUUUGAUCAGACAAUUGCCCCUUCACGCUCACAUAUCGACUAGAUCUUCUCCUAGUAGCGUCACGAGCUUUCCGAUGUACCAAGGAGACAACUUGACUUCUGCCAGCUCCUUAACUCCAGGAAGUCAAUAUUUGAACCGGGUCAGAACCGAGACCGGAUCCAGCUCAGGUAGCAACAUGCACCCCACAAGUGGACUCCGAACUUCGACCAUCCGAGAUAGCCUCCACGACAGUAUGAAUUUGUACGAAAUAGCGAUUGGAGUCGGAGAGUCGAAUCCUCCGCCACAUCAGACGUACAGACGGUCGGAGUCAUCCCCAGUGCAGCCUAUUAAUAGUAAUUACUGUCACGCAUACAGUCGGUUACGUCACAACUCAUUCACAGUGCUGCAGGCGAUGGAUCUAAGUCGGGAGAUCAAACAGGGUCUGUCAACUGUCCUCAUCGACAUCUCAAGACUCAAACUGGGAGAAGUGCUAGGAGAAGGCGAGUUUGGAUGCGUGAUCAAAGGAAACUUAAUGGAAAAAUGUGGGAAGGUGAAAGAGGUGGCAGUGAAAACUAUCAAAGAAAUCAUGUCUCGAGAUGAGUUGCGACAGUUCAUCGGAGAAGGAAUUGUGAUGAAAGAAUUCAAACACCCGAACGUGUUGAGUCUAGUCGGAGUUUGUCUUGAGGAGCAACAAGGAUCUCAAGUGAAGCCUUAUGUCGUUCUUCCCUUCAUGAAGCACGGAGAUCUGCAUACUUUCCUUCUUGAGUCGAGGACUGGUAAAGAUACCAUGAACAUUCGUGAAUCCUGUCUGCUGGACUUCUGCAUCCAGAUUGCGGAGGGCAUGCGAUACCUCUCCUCCAAAAACUUCAUUCAUCGAGAUUUAGCUGCACGCAAUUGCAUGCUGGAUGAGCACUACCGCGUGAAGGUGGCUGAUUUUGGACUGUCGCGGAGGAUCUUCAGCCAGUGCUACUAUAGACAAGGGGGAGGGGCCAAACUGCCUGUCAAGUGGAUGGCCCCCGAGUGUCUGGGCGACAGAAUUUACACUUCACAAAGCGACGUCUGGAGCUUCGGAGUAACGAUGUGGGAGAUCUUCAGCCGGAGUCAGGCGCCAUACCCUGGCAUCCCCAACCACGAAGUGUACGAUCACCUGCAGCUGGGGAUGAGACUCAAACAGCCAGAUAACUGCCCCACCCAAUUGUUUGAAAUAAUGGCCAGCUGCUGGCGUACUAACCCCGCCCACCGACCCAACUUCCUACAAGUAGUGAGCCGACUCGAAUCCUACCGCGAAUCCACCCGAGCAGUCGCAAACCCAGUCUACAUAAACAGCCGAUUCUUCGACCAAAACCACACUCCAAGCCAUAGCAAGAAUGUUCCGACAACUUAUAGCAAGAAUGUUCCGACAACUUACAGCAAAAAUGCUCCGACAGUAUAUGAUCAGAAUAUUCCGACUGCCUGUAACCAGAAGAUGCCAAUUCCGCCCUCGGAAUUGACCCAGACUUAUUCUGUCACCUAUUCGCGUUCGUUCAUUCCGGAAACUCCCCCUCCAGUUCAGCCAGUUAUCAACUCGGCCGAGAGGUUCAACGAGUCCGCAAUGUCCUCGGAGAUCACAAUGUCCCCCCUGAAGAGUGAUUAUAGUAGCAGUUACGAUGAAGUGUACUUAACGAGACAAGGAAUGCAGACAUUUGUCAGAACGCCUCGGAGAUUGGAAUCUUACUCGUGAGAGAAUUUUAAAUUCACAGUAACUAGAAAUUUACGAGAGCCUGUAUUCCAGUGCGGAACUUUGAUCAAUGAUCUGAAAGAAAAAACAAACUAACUUCACUGUUUGACCCCAUGAUUAUUUUAUAAAAUGUUUCUUGCCUUGAGAUUUGUUUAGUUUAGUGUGAUAUUUUAUUAACUGCUGUUUCU